ACUAAAAUUUCACAAUGGCAUCCAUCGGUUCAUCGUGCUGCUGCAAAAUUUAAACGGGAAGGGACUUUACCCCUUCCCUUGAGUCAAACUUAUGACAGUGUGACGGUGUGGAAUCAUCAGAGGAACAGCUUGCGGAGUUUGGGGAGGAUUAAAGGCCCAAGUGCGGAGAAAACUGUGAUCUAAGGUGAGGCGGAACUGCGAUCGUUCUGCUUCGAAAACUCCAGGAUCUGAUUCACACACAACGUACACACUCGAUUUGCACUGGUAUGUUUCGUCAUCUCGAUGAAAUUUGGUAGAAACUCUUGGUCAUCAUUUGUCAUUAUGUAUAGUGUACUGCAUAUUUUACGGAUCUCAUACACGGAUACACGACCCAUGGACUGUUUUUAGGACUACGAUACUCUGGGGAAAACGGUUAUCACGCACUUUCUUUUUGCGCAGUGCUGCAGAAAAUUCAACGAGUCGUUCUGUUAAUAUUCAUUGUAAACAGUCACAGUGCAGAACAAUAGUGAUUUCAUAAUUUCACAAUUCUUCAGAUGGUUGAACAAUCAGAAGUCGUGUUAUAUGUAUUGCUAAUGUUAGAUUCGAUUCAUGGUGCUAAAACGAUUUCAUAAUCAACCAUAUCUCAGGGAUUGCAACUUGACUUUGUAACAAAACGUGUGAAACCAAGCUGCUUCUUUUUUAACACUCGAAGAGGGUGUGAACAGUUUGUGUUGAUUUGUCACAGUGUGUCCGAGUGACUGUUCCCCAGUACACCUAUGCCCCUCACUUGACAAUAUUCAUCAAUGCUAAUAAUCUGUGAUAAAAUUGUGGAUAGUUUGCGUUUCCAUAUUACUUCUGUAGGUCUAUCCCAAGGCGUGAAACUGUAAAGUUAGGACCCUUUUCAAACACCUCAGGUUUACUGUAAUAACUAGGGCCAACUUUUGUUCUCAUCUUUCCUCGGUGUAAAUAUACAUGAGUCUCAUCAGGACUCGGCCGAGGCCUCUACUUAUUCAAAAUGGACCACGAAAGCAUGUGGACUUUGAGCCACCACCCAGUGUAGCAGGAAAUUUAAGUCCGGACUUGCAACCGAAUAGUCCACCUAUUUUUCCGACAAAUGACUGUCAAAAUGUGUUACAAAUCGGGAAAUAUAUACUUCAAAGGCAGCUGGAAGCAAAUAAUUUAUAUAAGGCGAUCAAUGUUGAUAAUCGGGAGGAGUAUGUGUGCAAGGUGAUAAGUGUGGACAAAUAUCGAGAGACUCUCGCCGCCUACUGGCGCUGCGACUCGCACCAACAUAUAAAUGAGAUUAAAGAAAUUCUAUUGGGCGAGACCAAUGCGUACGUUUUCUUUGAAACAAGUCACGGCGACCUUCACAGCUAUGUGCGGGACAGACGGAGACUCAAGGAGGAGGAGGCCAGUAGGUUAUUUGCACAAAUCGUUUUGGCGGUGGACGAGUGCCAUGAAAACGGCAUCAUUCUACGAGAUUUGAAGCUUCGGAAAUUUGUGUUCAAGGAUAAAGAGAGAACUCAGUUGAAACUAGAAGGAUUAGAAGAUUCUUGUGUUCUUGAUGACGACACCGAUGACUCGCUGAUGGAAAAACAUGGCUGCCCAGCAUACGUUUCGCCAGAAAUACUCAACACGAACGAAUGCUACUCGGGAAAAGCUGCUGAUAUCUGGAGUCUGGGUGUGAUGUUAUAUACCAUGUUAGUUGGACGCUACCCGUUCCAUGAUACGGAGCCUGGCGCCCUCUUUACAAAAAUCCGACGUGGGCAUUACACGAUACCAGAUACCAUAUCAUCAAGAGCGAAAUGUUUAAUUCGUAGUUUAUUACGCCGAGACCCACAAGAGCGGUUGUCUGGCAAUGAGAUUUUACGACAUCCUUGGUUCAGUAGUCGGUUUCCCUGCCGUGGACCGCUGCGAACGGAUUCAAAAGACUGCGACCAGACGGUGCCGGACGUUUUUGGAAUUGAUGACUCGUCAUUCUUCCUUUAGCAUAGAGAUGUUUUAGCAAGUUGUAGAAUUGAUUUCAUCUCUAUUUAGUUUACCAGAAUCGCCCAGAUAUAAAAUGCAAUGGGCGACGUUUAAAGUUGGUGUCAACACCAGUGUUCAUUUUGUAAAAAUGUUCACAGACGCCGAUGCUGACAUUAACUUUAAAGCCACCCGAUGUUGUCUUAGAGAAAACUAUUGAUAACCUGAGCGACUUUGACAAACUUUGGCGAAAUAUCGAGUUAUUUAAAUUGUUAUCGGUCUUGAAUUUGCCAUGCGCUGUUUGGGGAAAUAUUGCGAUUGGUCAAGAAACGUAGACUCAAGCUGUCUUACUUAGCCACAGACCACUAACUUCCAUCUGCUUCACACUAUAUUCCGGGUGUAGUUUUUUGUGAAUAAUAUGUGCAAGUGUUCUACUCACAUGAAAUUGUUGGAAAAUUGCGAAAAACUUGGGCAAGCAUUGUUACAUCAAUUCAGAGCGGAACUUGGACCAUCGGAUUGAAAAGUCGCUCCUCAAAAAUUCCUUUUCAGUGAAUGGUUUAUCCAAGACAAAGAUCCAGAGAACUCUAUCUUCACUUCAGUAGUGUUUAUUGUUAUUGUUGGUUGUUGAUAAAAUUACAAGUGUGGCACUGCAAACCAGACGUUGUGCGUGGUACCGCUGUUGGCCACCAGGGGGCAUUGCCAGGUAUCGGAGAGUGCACUUGCUCUAUAUUAGAGAUGAUACUUUGUAUCCUUGUACCAAGCUUUGUGUGAAUAUUGUCAAUAUGAAAUAUCCCCUUCCUUCUCCUGAAAAGUUGACCGCACUCUGCCUAAAAAUAGCAAAUUUUGACAACUCAGAAUUAUCUUUUAGUCAGAGUGUGGGCUAACUUUACCCUGAUUCAUGUACAUUAUGAUUGUUAUUCUGUCUUCAUCUCAUGUUGUACAAUCGAAAAUGGCAAAAGGCUGCAGGAAUGAAGGACUUUAUUGUCAGAAGUUGGUAGUACCGCUAAUAGUUUGCCAUCCAAUACAAUACAGAACCUUCUGUGUAGUGGACCACUAAACUUAACUGCCACCUACCGGUAAUAAAGUCCUUCGUUGAUUUUAGGAAAAAAUUUUGCAUGUGCUCUGACAUCUGUAGCAUAACAUGAUGGUUUCUGACUUGAAGUUCUAGUAGUGUGUACUACAUGUACAUUGAUUUGUAGUAGUUGCAUGCACUGCAGCGCAUUCUUGCAUGUGCUAAUGACUGUGUGGUACAGAUGCUUUAGGAAAUGUACAAUACAAGUUGCCAAAGAAGCCAUGAGUCUCCACACUUGGGCAGGAAGACUUAUGUGUUGUGUCAAGAGCAUUCUCUGGAGUUUGAUGAGGUCUGCAUGCAUGUACUUGAUUGACACUCUUAACAUGACAAACUUCUGUGGGGUAUUAUGCAUAUUUUACUAUGAAAUUUGAAACCGGAGCACCUUUUUCUCCUCUUGCAAGUCAAGAGUUUAAAGUCAAGAGUUUAAAGGCCUACGCUGUUAAAAAUUUUGAAUUUGUAAUUGAAUUUAAAAAUGUCCAGUUGCGAAAAUACAUGUUGAAUAUAAUUUUCAACAUUGCCAUUGUGUUAACUGAUAUACAAAUACUAUGAAUACCAAGUUUAAACAAAUUUGUAUUCAUAAUAACUGCACUACGGCAUUGUGUAUUAGUGGAUUUCUAUUUAACUGGACCACAAGUAAUUAUGAACAGUGUACCCCUUUAACAAUGGAUGACAUACGCCUAGGCCAACCCAAAAAACUAAAAUCACCUUCUCAUCCCCGCCUGUCCUGAUUUUGGGCGCUGUCGAAAAUAUUUUUCUUUUCUUCUUCUACAUUGUGCCAUCACUCUUUGACAUUUUACAUUAGACCACAUGUUGCAGAGAAUUGGUGAUGGCACUUUCCCUACAAAAAUAUGAAAUUUGAAGUUGUUUAUUUUUUGUCUCAUCCCCCUCUUCCAACUGGAGUGGUAUACAUGUAAUUUCCAAAUGAAUCGCCUCAUCAUUUGCCGAGAUGCAACAGGCUAUUCCCAACACCUCGCGUGAUGUCUUGAGGCACAUUUUGGUUUCCUUGGCAACGAAACGACGGAGUCGGUCUUUUGCGUCAUGCAGAUUAAUGAUGUGGUGAGGGAAUGAAUCACAGAAGUGUUAACGUCAUCUUAUUAACCACUUCUUGAGUUACUGUGCGCUGGUUGGUUGCACUUUUACAGUACUCCCGGAAAAUUAUUGACUCGAAUCAUCGCGCUUGUGAAUCGAGGCUGCUUGGAUGCCUCAGAAGUGGCAGACAAGCAUUCUCACUAUGUACACUUUUGGAUGUAUGUGCAGUGUGGUCUCUUUAAAUAUCAACUAUCACCGCUUCCCCUACCACUCAAUCCAAGGUUAAUCCCUUCAUGUACUUGUGUUGUGUCUUGUUUAUUAUUUGGUUGUCUGCCGACUUUUGAGGGAAUGGUCUUUUUGGGAGGCGGAAAUUGACCCAAAAUGACUAUGGUAUCACAGGAUUUGAGAUGGAGGGAAAAAAUGGGGUUGGAGAUGCUAUCAGAAAACAGGCAAAAUAUGACUAACAGAAAGCGUGAUUUCCCUUGAAUAUUCUGAUCGGGAUGGCUGAUUUAAACUCAAACUAGCCCCUGCAGAUUAUUUGGAGCAGAGUUUUCUCAAAAAGCAAAAUUUCUUGAGACCAAAUUUCAUUUUCCGAGCAGAAAUGUCCAUUUUUGCCCCCCCCCCAAAAAACUACUUGCGUACAUAUAUUUGGAAGAAAGUUACUGUCAACAAGUGCAUGAAUUGCUAUUGGGAAUCGGAAUUGGCUUUUUUGUGUUUUUGUUCGGGUGUUUUGUAAUUUGUUUGAGUAUGUCUGUCCCUUCAUUGAAUGGUUUUGGUGUUCGUGAAAGGUAGAGGCCCUGUUGUGUCAAAAGUUCAAAAUGCUGAACAAUUUCAAGCCUGUACAUGUAUGUUGCAUGUUAGUACUUGUAGUGUGAGAAGAGCAGCCGUGAUUGAUAAUUAUGGGUAAGUCCAGGAAUCCUCCUUUGAAGAAUGUCUUUGGUAAUUAGUGUAAUAUCUUGUGCCCAGAUGGCAGCACCUCCUGGUCUAAUGCAGUUUAUGGAGAAAUUGUUGAGGGGGGUUAUUUUAUAUGAAAUGCUGUUUUUCUUUGAAACAAAGGUUUCAAAACAAAAAGGGAAAAUGUUUGGGUCAUAUUCUAGACUUUGGCGUUUCCAAGUUUGCUGCUCAUGCUGGCUCGCAGGCCUAUGAAUCAUGACUCGACUGGACUGGUACAUCUGUCUAAGUGCAGCAAGACAAUUCAAAGAGAAAGAGAGAAUUCAUGCACCAACUGAAAUCUGAAAGUAACGUUUUCAUGAAAAAGUUUAGUGGAGCAAAUCUGAUGUUUACUGUUGUUGUUUGUUCAAGUCAAAUAUCCAGUAUGGAGCCUUGUGCAUUGCAUCAAGUCUGUUUAUUACAGAAAUCCGUAGACAUUUUACUGGCAAAGGCCACUUUUUUACCUCUUAGGGUAAAGUACGGGUAAUUUAGAAUUUCAACAAAGUAUAAAAAGUUCAGGAUGAACGUCCUGCAGUAGGAGUUGAACUUCAUGUAAUUUUCAGGUUUUUAAACCGAUUAUUAUGAGAACUACUGUAGAAGAUUAUUUUCUGUGAUGUUAAAAUAGUUAAUUAAUUUAGGGAAUAAAAUUGACACGCGACUUCACAAGUCAUUAAAAUAAAAGUCAGUGGAGUUUCUGAUAAAGCCAGACACAGUCGUUAACUGUAAAUAUGUACAUUAUUGAAAGAUAUCUAUAGUUAAAGCACCAAUUCCACAAAAGCAAGAUCUUUUGAGAGAAGUGUUUGCUUUUAUUUUGGCCACUUUGACUUAAUCUCUAACAAGUUCUUGGUAGGCCUUCUUGUUGUCACAGUCUGUUGAUGGCCAUAGAUGACCUUGCUGUGGCGAGGUUUGGUUCCCGUCCCUGAACAUGGGUGUGGAUGGGGGGAGCCCACAGGUCCAAACUCGCCUGAACCAAGUGCAGUGAGGUUGAAUCUGGUCAUAAACCAAACUGAGCUAAAGAACAUGGAUGACAUGAAUUACCUUCACACCUUAAGACCCCUUCUCUGCAGGAAAUUGAGAAGUGUCCUAUUAUACUCGAACUGAAACAAAAAUUGCAAAAAGUUUUUAAAAGAAAAUUUUAUUUGUCGACAAACAUGGCUGAUGGAGCACUUAAUAUUGCUAAUCACCCUUUGAAUGCAUUUUAAAUAAAAAACUGUCUGCAAAAUAUUUGAAAAUAGGGCAUUGCUGUAUUAUGAGUUUGCACAAAUUUUGGUACAUUUUCUAAAAAUAAAGUCCACAGGGAUACAUGCAUAGUGAGGACUAAAAUGCAUCUGGUCUGUAUAUAAUAUUCUUGAGAAUUGCUGUCUAUUAGAGAAAAAUAAAAAAACAUUAUGAAAUAGAA